AUGGACCGCAUGGCAGCUCCCUGGAGCCCAACUCAGCCACUGGAGGACCUCUACAAUCAAGUCAAAGACGCCCAAAAGUCCGCGGCAGAUCACGAUGCCAUCACGGACAAGCUAGCCGUUCGCGCGGCCAUCAAGAACUUAGCCAACAGUGGGGUAUUCAUUGACGCGCUCCGUUACUGGAGGAAGAAACCUAUCGCGGACCAAGAAUCAAUGGCCAUUAUGGAAGCCCACUUCACGGCAGCUGACAAAGAAAGGCGUCAAGUUCUCACCACCAAAGAGAUGGGAUACGCAAACAAGGCCGUAGAAAAGCCCAACACCGCCAACCACAUCGAUAUGGCCAACAAAGCAAGCGAGCAUGGAGACCCCAUGUACUACUGCUGGUCCCACGGCUCGGGACCUAAUGACAAACACACGAGCAAGGCAUGCACCAGAAAGCUUCCUGGACACAACGAUGCAGCCGUGCAAAGCAACAUGCUAGGAGGCUGCUGCGUCAUCCAUCGUCGCAAUGGCGAAAGGCCCAUCUACCGCAAGCCGCAACGUCAGCCCAGAGAGACCGAUGAAAACCAGCAGCCAACAGGCCCACCCUGA